AUGAAAUUCGUAAACUUCAGAGAUUCGAUCACCAUUUGGCAACGACUGACAGACUCGACCAUCAACGCCGUCACCAUGCCGAGCCACAAGUCUUUCCGAACCAAGCAAAAGCUUGCCAAGGCCCAGAAGCAGAACCGCCCUGUGCCUCAGUGGGUUCGCCUCCGAACUGGCAACACCAUCCGCUACAACGCUAAGCGAAGGCAUUGGCGCAAGACCAAGCUCGGUAUCUAA